AGAUCUCAGCUUAGUUUGUUAUCCGCUUUAAUCGUUAGUUGCGUUCGCCUUCUUGCGUGAGUCGGACGUGUCCGGUAACGUUACAUUUUUUUUCUCUCCGUGCACGCUUAACGUUGAUGCAGUGCCGAUUUCCUGCUUGUUUUCUAUUGUGAAAUUGUGACAAAUGAUCAAACAUUCGUGAAGGUUUUUUUUCAUGGUAUAAGAUGAGUGUUGAAAAUGUGGCAAGAGGGAGGUGAAGCUCCGUUCGAGAGUACAUCGGACACAAAAGGAGAGGAUAUCCAGAAAUUGAGUGUGAUACAAACUCUACCGAGUCUUCUUGCGGGAGACGCUCAAUCAUGCAUAUCAAGAUUAAUGCCGAAGAUGCAGCAAACUCUGCCGACUGCGUCGACAGAGUUUCAUAUGGCUGCAUCGACGACGUUCAAAACUAUACUGGAGCAGAGACUGGUCAGUCAUUCAACGUUUACACAAACAUUCCUACAGAGUAUUUUGAACUCUCUGGACAGUCGAGAUCCAGUUGUUGCACAAGCAUGGCUGGAGACCUUACUGGAUGUGAUCGAGUUACUGCCGGCAGAAGUCAUAAGGCAGGAGAUCCUCCCGAUGGCCAUAAAUAAAGGACAAUUGUCUCAGCCUACCAGCUCGAGAAUAACGUGUAGCAAAUUGAUUGGGAAAAUAUGUACACGAUUCGAUUCUCAAUUAAUAAAAAAGGAAGUACUACCAACAGUACACUCACUUUGUCAGGAUGUAAAUAGCGACGUAAGAGCAUGCAUUUGUCUACAGUUACGUUACGUUGCCGAAGGCCUGGGUCCCGAAUCCGUAAAACCUGCUUUGUUACCGUCUAUCGUUGAAUUAGCGAGCGACGAAGAGUGCAGUGUAAGGCAUGCCUCCGUGCAGACAAUAGUACAUCUGCUGCCUCAACUCCAAACAGAUGUAAUAAAAAAUACGAUAGCACCCUUAAUAAAGAAGCUGUGCGAGGGAGCUCUCGAGUCCGAUGAUACAGUACUGUGUGUGAUAGCCCAAGAGUUUGGAAAAUUAGCUCUCGGUCUGGAAAAAUGUUUAACACCUGGGGAAAAAACGUGGCUUAUUCAGUAUUUUCAACAACUCUCACAAUUAGGAGUACCAAGUAUGAGAAACGAGGGCACCAAACAAGAGUUCCCCUUUAUAAGCAAUAAUCCACUUAUAAAUGAAAGGAACGUGGAAUGCCGAUGGCAGUGCGCUUUUAAUAUACCAGCUAUGUUCCUGUUCGUGUCCUCGGCUGCUGAGGAUGUAGAAAUCUUGCUCCCCACGUUCAACGAUCUUGCGAGUGAUCCAUACUACAUGGUUCGACGUACCAUCGCUUGUGGCAUUCACGAGGUUGCAAGGAUUUUGGGACCGAGAAAUAAUCUGAUUAAGGGUGAACUUAUCAAGUUACUGAAAGACGACUCGGACGAGGUUCUCCAAGGUCUGGUUCCACACGUGGCUGUAACAUUCGAACUCUUGCUGCAAAGUCAAACCAUUGGAAUGGAUAAAAUAGAUUCAACUGCAAUGGAUCUGGUAAGAGCUCUGCUGAAAUGCGAGGCUGAAAUUGAUACGACGAAUAAUUGGAGGCUUUCCGCAUUGAUGCUCGAACAAAUGGAAGUCUUGCCAAAAUGCUUUCCAAGCGAUAUUAUUUACACGUAUUUCGUGCCAGUCGUAGUCACGAGAGCUUUGAAAGCGAGACCGAUGCCAGUUCGUCUUGCUGCUGGUCGAACGUUUCUCGUUCUGUUGCGUCACAAUUUGAAACCGACACAUAGGACCGCAUUGCGUAAUCGGCUGUACACCGAAUUCGCUUGGAGUUCGAACAGUUACGUGCGUAUGCUAUACAUUCACAUGAUGAUUGAGGCAAUGGAAAUAUUUUCAUCGAUGUAUUUCAAAGAGUAUUUUUACUCGGCGGUUCUCGCUCUAACUGAAGAUCCGAUAGCGAACGUUAGACUGAAAGUUGUGACACUUUUGCCUUCAUUAAAAUCUUUCAUACGUUUGCCAUCGGACAAAGAACUGCUCUCGUCUCUCGAAGCUAAUGUUCGUAAGUUAAUGAACAACGAGACAGAUCGAGACGUCGUUUACGCCCUAACGAAUGUCAUACACAAAUUAGAUGCCAUUGUUGUCAGACACGAAGGACAGCCCACUUCCGCAAAAAUGAGCAAACAAGAGACUGAUGAUUUGAGGAAAUACGAGGAAGAAAAAAGGCUGAUGAAUACAACGGCUGGAAAAUCUGUUCUAAGCUCGAGUCAGUUGGCACACCCAACCCCAACUGCGGCAAAGAAACAUUUAAUGACACCAAAAAUCAGUGGUACAAACAGGAUGGCAAGCAGUGAAAUGGGAAUAGGUCGAGGAGUAAGGCAAAAUCCCAUUCCCACUGAUGGUGCAAGAUCUUCACUUCCGCCGAAUAUGUCUAAGGUCAAACCACCAGGAUCGAUAUCAAUGCCGGACCCUCCAUCUCGUUUAUCCAGACAGAAUUUGCCAGCUUCUCGAUUGAACGAGAUGCCAAAAGCUAGUACGUCUAGCAACGAUCUAACAUCGAGUUGGGCACAACUAACAUCGAACAGCAUGUUACUAACACAUCUAUGGGAACGUAUAAACAUGUCGAAAUCUAACGUUAGCGUAAGCCCAAAUAAUCAUAUGGAGGGUACAGGGUAUCAGGAUUAUGGGUUUGCCUACGAGCCUUACGAAAGCUUCGAUAACGGAUCGACCAACCGUUACGAAAUGGCUCAAGCAUGCGAAUCGUCAUUGAACAAAGCGAUGAGUUUUCCAAGCGUGUCGUCGUAUUGCAGCCCCGAGCACGAAUGUACAAGAGCAAGAUUUAACACAUUUUACAAGCACGAUUAUUACCCGCCAUCGGUACUAUCAAAGACACUGUUAAUGUCCCAAAUGAAAGAGAGAAAUAAUUGUUGGGCUUUUAGUUCGAUGCCGGAGAUACCAGUAACGUUGCAGGAUGACGAAUUUCUCGUUGACGCCGGUAUAAGAAUGCCUGUACAAUUGUCGUCCUGUCACCCAAGUUCGAGGAUUCCAAAGCUGCAAGAAAUCAUUUAUCGGAAUCGUCGAGUCGUCGGGCAGAACGCAGAACGUUCGUGUAGCAGCGAAAGACCGCCGAGCGUUAAUCUCGACAAGGGCAAAUCGAAGAGACACUUCUCGAUGCACGAAGAUUGCUUGAAAACGCGCUCGAGCAGCCUCGACCAAACGAAGAUCAAUCGAUGUUCGGUCAAUUACGAAGACAUGGCGAGACAACGCGGCAAGUGCAGUUUAGAAGAACAACAUUGUGUCAAGGAUGACCCCAGGUCCAAGAGAUAUCCAGCUCCUCCGGGCAAGCUACGAAUGUCGUGCGGUGAACAACAAAAGUCCAAAAGUUUCGAGGAUAAAAGCAAAAGAUGCUCCUUGAUAUUGGACAAGGAAAAAAGUCGUUUUUCACAACCGAAAAGCGUCAUCGAUCGAACGAAACGUCAUUCGGUAAAUUAUACGACCCACGUAACCGACAUUAAAGAUACGAAGCCACAAAAAUUCAAACGCCACAGUCUAGAAGUCACCGAAUCCAACGGAUCGGAACGCAUGGGACGUUUGAAGAGAAAUUUUACUCUUGACGUCAAUCACAAUCAAGGCGCUAGCAAAAUUUCUUCGCUGAGAAGCGCCCUCGCUUCCGGAAGUCGCACCGCACCCGUUACGCGAGCUUCCAGCCCUAUCCGAGUUGCUCCACGUUUCAAUUUCGAUCGUCAGGUUCAGGAUGAUAUCGGGGAUUAUUCGAUGGAAAGACAACUAGGGAAAUUCAGUUCGAGCGAUGAAGAAGUCGAUAAAUUGUGCAUCAGAUUCUCUUAUCUCGAUCCUCCCAAUAUUAGGGAUGAUCGUGCGAGCAGUCGGGCCAGUCGAUUGCCCGUUUGGAUGAGAAGGAAGAAACCAUAAAAUGCGCAUUUAUUUUACAUCUCAGGCAUUACGUUUCAGAAGCUCGUAGAGCUAUCGUUCAUGGAGAAUUUCCAUGAUACUUGGGAAAAGUUAGUACAUCUUGAUACAUUUUUUCCAAAAUACUUUUUGCAUCCAGGAAAACGAAAAAUAACACAAUCUUGAAAAUGAUUUUGAUAACAGCCACAAUAAAAGCGAAAAAGGAAUGGAGGCAAACACUUCACAAACGACUGAAAUAUAUAAUGAAAACUAUGCAAAAAGAUGAUUCUAUUCAGGUAGAGUUAUUUUUAAUUAUCAAAAUAGAAUUCAAGAGGCUUCGAAUGAUUGGGAAUUUAAAAAAUGGACUCUCCAAGUUUAUCAUGGAAAUUCCCCUUCGAAUGAAUGUAUAUCCUAAUUGAUGUACUAAUGACUGUCGAAAUAGUGAGCUGAAAUCUGUUCCUCAUCAAAUCUCCAAAUGGGACUCGUUUGUUUGAGUGUGAGCUAAUAGUCGGCCUGGCAGCUACUGAAACAUAGUGGCUUUUAUAGAAUCUUCCAUUAGCGGGAAAAGUAUUUGACUGUGGAUCCUUUGCAAUAUUAGUGCAUUUUGAAUUAUAAUUGAAAUCUCGAGUCACUUUAGCUCACCAAGGAAAUUGAGUUUUUUCCGUAAUUCUUUUACUUUUUGACGUUCUCAACGAAUGUCUAGCCUCGUCGAAUCAUCAAAGGAGACAUUUAUUUCCGGAGUGGUCCAAAAAACUGUUAAGCCAUCCAUUAAUUAGAUCAUUUAAUGAGAUAUUUAUUAAUCAACAAUAUUAAAAUAUAGAAUGGACGUUUUGGUGAGGCCCCUACACGGUUAGGAAAAGAGUAAAGAUAUAAUAAAUUUUCUUAGGCAUAUUUUACCACGUGCCUGUAAGCUGCGCAGUCCUUUACUGAUGAAACUACAAAUGUUAACACACAAAACUCAGCAUAUUUUGUUUACAAAAUCUUCUCAACUUGCAUGUGAGCAUGGAGCAAUCAUUUUCCCAAUUGCAGCAAAAAGAAUGAACCAGCGAAUGCAUAAAUCAGUCCACAUUUGAUGUAAACAAAAACAUUCUCAUGAAAAUAAUCAAGAAAUAUUUUAUUUUUGGCAUCGUUUGGAGUAUAGCAUUUAUCUUUGAUAGAAAAAGGAGAAAAAAAGAAGAAAAUGAACAGGGUAUUUUCGAAAAGUUAACGUUGACAACGUUAUCCUUGUCCCUUGGAGUUCUCGACUUAGUUGUACAUUAUAUUGAUCAUAAAGAAUAUAAAAAUGAGUGCACCAACGCUUAGAGAUGCAUUUAAAAAACGUAUGUUUAAAUUCGCUCUGGUAAUAUGGUGGCAAAUUGCACUAAUUCUUCCGAGAGAAAAAUGAUGUACGGUAGAACGUGGCGAAACUCGAGUCGCAGAUUGUUCACUGAAAAAACGAUUGUCAAAGAACUUAUACGACGAAAAUAUCGCCACAGCUAUCUCAUAGACUUUUCAGAGCCGAUUGUACUUAAUUAUAAUGUAUGAGGCAUUUCAUCUCAAGCCAAGCUACAUUCAUUCUCAAUUCACGAUCUCAUUCAAUCGUAAUCUAACCCAGAGUGUACAUAAAGGGAAAAAAAUACACUUUUUUCUUUUUUGGACCACAGGUACGAAUCUUCGAGUUGUGAGGUUAAUGGGUUAACUUGGGAUAUAAUUCAUUGUAUAUUUCUAUAUGCCUAGUGUUAUAUACAUAUAUAAUAAGAAUUUAAGUAGUAGCUAAUGUACACAAUGUUGAACAAUAAUUUAUUUUUCGCGUCCCAGACAUUGUAACUUUUAUUCGUUAUUUAUUUGCCCCCACGUCAUGUGGCACGAUGUAAAUUAUCUAGAAAGAGAGAGAGAAGAAAUUUACGAAUUGUAUAUUUAUGAGAAAGAGAGUUUAGAAUAAUGUUAAAGACUGUUCGGUAUAUUAUUAUAAAGAAAUUGAACCUUGGAGUUUGCUUUGUUUCUUUAUCGUUAAAAACGUAGAGAUUAAAAUUUGAGUCAGAUUUGCCUAAUUGCCGAGUGAAGAAAAAAAAAGUACACGAACAUUGUACUCCACGAAAAGAUUAGCACUGCAGUAUUGAAAAUAGUAUUAGUUCUAGUCCGGUAACAAAAAAUGCCAGUUUUUCUUCGUUUCUCGGAAAUUAUAAUUAACGAAAUUUCCAUCAAUUUUUCCAAAACCUGCUACUCUUCUUGUAGAUGAGUAUUACGCUACAAAAGGUUAUCCAAUAAGUUUUUUCAAUGAAAAUCAAUCUUCCUCCAUAGAACUAGCAACACAUUCAUUCAUUAAAUAGAAUGAUCGCCUGAUCGAACUCACUUGAAUCGAAUCAAUUGAUUUUUCCUCUCUGCUAGGACAACUUGAACGCUGAAAAAUACAAUUAGGUGAAUUUGACGAGCCUUCGACGUUGCAUUCGCACGUUAUUUCCUUCGUGAUAAGACAUGCAUAUAUAAAUAUACGUAUAUGUAUAUAUAUUUAUCAAUAUCUUUAUAUAUUAGAAAUACGAUAUAUAAAAAAAGGAAAUAUUAUGUAUUUUGUGCAGCACGAAAACGUCAGGUGAGACUACGAGAAAAUCAUGAAUGAGUUGUUGGCGAAGGAAAAGGGCUUUAAUGUUUGUUCUCGAGAAGGACAAAAGAGUAUAAAGAAAUUGAGAAGCGUUCGACGCGAUAAACGCGCAACGAAGGAAUCCGUAAAUGAAAUAUUGGCGAAUCAUUUGCCAUCCGCUCUUCCCUUCUCAUCUAUAAAUAAUAGCUGAGCUAUUUAUUUUACUACACCGAAAUGCAAACAUAGCUGUAAUUACUCUAGAACACCAUGCAAAACGCAGAAUAAUUUAUGAAAAAUUCUUAAAACAAAAGAAUAACAAGCAACAAACAGUAAAAACCAACUAUUGUCUCUGAUUAAGAAGAAAUAAAAUAAUGAAAUAUACGUCCUGUUAUGGACUUCUGGUUACCAACUAAGAUAAUACAAUUGUUAGAAAACAAAAGCUUAGACCAAAUGACAAAUUGGAGUAUUCCAAUUUCAAAGCCCUUCAUUUCCGGUAGGAACAAUAUACUACGAUUGUUCGAUCAUGUAAAUACUCUAUCCACACCGCCAAAGGCAUCAUAUUUUUCUGCUCAUCCAGUUAUUAACGCAUCUCUCAGAUUAAUGUUCUUCGGCCUGUAGUACGAAUAAAUUGCGAAUCACAAGAUAGACAUUUCACGAGUUGUCGAAACGAGAGUGACGAGAUGAAGAAACUAAAACAAAAAAAAAUAAAAAUAUAUAAAAAACGUACAGAACGAAAAAAUUAAAAUUACAACAAAUGAUAAAAGAUUUUGAGCCGGGAGCUUCGAGAAUUAAAAGUUAAAGAAAAGAAACAAUUUAAAAAAUGUGAAAAAUAAAUUGAAGAGAAAAAUGUUAUUUGAUGCGCGUCGUGCUUAAAUGAUACUAUUUAUUUUUGUAUAGAUCUAUAUCAUGUAAUAUCAACCUAUGUGCCAGAGGUAACAUACGCUGAAUGUAUCGAUGGAGAUAUAUAGUAUGUUAUUGUAUAGAAUAUAAAUAAUUGUUAACUCUUGAUGCAUUUUUCUUCCUUGUGAAAGCAACAAUAAGCAAAAAAAAUCAUUUCUUCGUUACCACUCUCAUCGAAUUGUACAUAUAGAUCACAUUCGAUUGCGUCGAUCUCACCAAAUUAAUCAAUUAAAUAAAUCCUCCGAUCAUCGAUUGUAUCUGUUUUGUUCUUCAUGUACGAUUACGUUUGAUCGAAUCUAUCGUGUCUUUGAGGAUGUAGAACGUAAGGGUAGAUGAUAAUGAAAAUAAAACGAUUAAAAUA